CACUGUACCUGGCUGACUCCUGGCCUGCCCACUGCCUUGCCAAUUGAUGACGCGUGCCUGCCCCACUGCUGCCAGCGCGGUGCCCAGCCAAAUGACCUGAUGCCUGACGAUCCAAUGUCUGACCCAGUGCCAGCGGUCAUGCCAGUUGACUCGGAGCCCACUGUCGUGCCUGGUGACUCGGUGCCCGCCGCUCCGCCUGGGGGCCCGAGACCUGUCGCUCCGCCUGGGGGUCCGGCGCCCGCCGCUCCGCCUGGGGGCCUGAGACCUGUCGCGCUCCGGGGGCCUGGACCCGGCUCCACCUGGGGGUCC